AUGCAAUCCGAGCCUACUGCAGUUUUCGACCGUUCGCUUUCGGUAGACCCCUCUUUAGACGUGCCCUUCAAUUCUACUCAGCAUGGAAAUGAUUCGCAUGGUGAACACCCAGUCUCUGGGCUUCGCCAUCAGAAGUCUGGGGACUCCAGUGUCGGUCAUGACUCAUGCGAUGGCGGCCAGCAGUCGCCCUUGAAGGAGGCUGACCCUGCGCCGUUCAACGACACAGUCAGUCAGUAUGAGCAUACUGUCGCUCCGUUGAUCCAGAAAGAGGAGGGAGUGAAAUCUAGGAAGAAGCAGCCCUCCAUCUACUCGGGCUUGUCCCUGGAAGCCUUCCCCAAUGAGGUUUUGACGCACAUCCUGUCGCAUCUGCCUCCCCCUUCUCUGUCCUCGAUGGCCCUUGUGUCUCGCCAUUUCCAUGGUCUUGUCACGACGCCUCACGCAUGGAGAAUUGCUUUUUCUCGCUACUUUCCCGGCCCCUACACUGUCGAGGAUGGCGCGUGGCUUUCCGCAGCGAAGUCGUCGGAAACGGUGACGUCUGAUAAGCGGUAUUUCUCCAGGCUGACUGCGCUGGCAUCCUGGAGAAGUGAAUAUAUCAUGAGAACCCGCUUGCUCCGAUCGCUCUCCAGAGGCAAGCCGGCGCAGUUCGAACCGUCCAAGAAAACUGGUACGGUGCGAGCGGCUAGCGUCCGGAAUGGCAGCGCCGUAGCCACCUAUACCUCACAGCUUCUGUACCCUGUCAGCCACUUGCACGGCACCUUCGGAUCGGAAGUCAAGAAGAAGGAGCCUCUCUUCAUCCAUGGCGCUUCGGAGCAAGGCUUCGCGUCGGCUAGCGAUCCCUCAACGGUGAAAGUCGGUACAUGGGGCCUGUCUGACCACCAGUUCUUCCGACACUUUGCAGACCUGUUUCCCGGAGAUGCAGAGUAUGGACUAGGCUCUGGUGAUCAUGUUGGAGCUCCUAACCGCAUGGAUGUUAGCCAGCCCUAUGGUAUGAUCUACGGCGAAGCAUGUCCUCAAGGCCGUACAUACUUCAUCUCGACCACGGAGCAACGCGGGAGGUUCUUGGGCAUCGCGGAUUCCAGUUCACAGCCUAGUCUAGGAAUCCCCGCGCUCAACUUGAUUGCGACCGGUGUUACUGCGGUGUGGAUUGCUAAAUCCUCCAACAUCCUUAAGAUGACCGGCGGUCUGGUCGCGAUGCUGUCAGGCUCCUCUACCGGAGUGCUCACAUCCUACGCCCUUGGUCCUCACCCUACCUAUGAAAAGAGGUACGAGAGGGGCCAAGUGACUGCUAGAUGGGUGCUGUGUCCUGGUGUCCCCAUCAUAUCUAUCUCGGUUGAUGAUAGCUAUUCCCCGAAACGUCAUUCCCGUCGGCGGAUCUGGGCGACCGUCCUGAACGCCUUGGGUGAGGUCUUCUACCUCUCUGACCUCCCGCGACAGCCUGAUGUGCCUACCACAAAGCUGUCUCCUGAGGAAUAUGAGCAGCUUGCUUGGAAGACGGGCAGAAGUGUUCGUUGGGAGCUUGUUGAGUUAAGCCGACGCAUUGCACGGCUUGAUCCAUUCAGUCGUGAUUCGGUCGAUGGCAGCUAUAGCCCUCGGUCGUCGUCGGAUGCCAUGAAGCUCAACGAGGAACAGAUAGCUGCAGAGACAAAGGAAAUUGAGCGCUUCCUGUCCUUCAAGCCCAAGCAUUUCCGGAAGGUAUGCGAGGGAUGGGACAUGAGACGUGAAUUGAAGGUUGAUUUCGCUGGAGACGAUGGUCACGGAGCCGGCGAAUCGUUCCUGGUGAUCAACCGGGGUGUGGGAGAUGACGAGAAAGCUUCGAUCCGCAGAUACACGAGAAAGAUGACUAGACAUGAUGCAUCAUUGUCGAUGCAUGGAUCUCACAACGUGGAGAACGUGCCUGUACCGUCCAUCUUUGGUGGGCCUGUCAAGUCUCCCAUCCUCUCUUCUGUGAGCAGCUCAAGCACUACGGCCCCUUCUCGCGCUUCCAGUGGCUUGAGUGAGACGGUCUGCUCCAUUUCAAACACCGAAUGGCGCAUUACAGAUUUCGACUUUGGUGACAGAAAGUCGGUCCAGAUCACUACGAGUGCCUUGGACCUCUCGACCUAUGCUCUAUUGACAAUCGAUGAAGAUCCUCUCAUCGGUAUGUCGGGCAGCUCCGCACUCUCCUCCGCCACGUCUUCGCCUCUUCCGCAUAUGAAGCAAUCGCCUGGCAAUGCAGAAGUGCCUGGUCAGCGAGGACGCUACUUGGCUGUGGGUACAGCGGCGGGAACGGUCUUUGUAUGGGACAUCCGGUCGCCUACGUCGAAGAAUGCGGAAGUUAUCAACCACGUUUCGCCCAUUCGAAUCAUUCAAACUGAAUCUCCUCAAGUUUCCUGUGUCGCUUUGACCUCGCUGUACCUAGUCCAUGGUGGAAACGACGGCCUGGUGCAGGCCUGGGAUCCCCUUGCUUCUUCGACUCGUCCAAUUCGGACCAUCAACUCACGAUUUUCUACCCGCGCGCGCCGUCGACUUGUUCAAGCCGAGGCAUCAAUCCACGGUGUUGGCAACAAUUACUAUGCCACGGGCGCUAUCUGCCUUGAUCCCGAUCCAACCGUUCUACGGGGCAUGGUCGCCCUAGGAACCCACCUGCGCUACUGGUCCUACAGCUCCUCCGGCGCCGACCAAUACAAGUCCAGCAAGCGUCGGCUCCGUCGCGGUCUUAGGGGUAUCAACUCCACCCCAGAAGGUCAGCGCUUCAACACCAGCGGCCGCGGUGCACUCAAGGACUACAUCGAAGACGAGAAGGUUGAAAUGGAACGCCAAAAGAUUGCUGACGAGAAGGAACGUGCCCACCUCAGCCACCGCUUUGGCGUCGACCUUCUCGGUCCAGACGUCGACGAAGAGCAGCUUCUUGCCUACGCUCAACUCCUCAGCCAAGAGGCCUACUCCAGCGAAGCCCACAAACGCGGUGAAGCAAUCGAGAGCUCAGCAGUGAGCACCUCGCCCAGCGACACCAUUGGGCCAAACGACAGCUCUGUCGCACCCGAUGAGCUAUCCUCUGCAUCGUCGCCUUACGAAGACUUCGCCGAUGGCGACCUCGAUCCCGAUAUCGCUGAAGCCAUCCGUCUUAGUCUCCUCGAUGACAACAAGCCCGGCACCGACCUGGACACAGACACUGGUCCCUUCGACCCACCCUCCCCGUCUCUAUCAGGCCCAGCCGUCGCAGAAAGCAGUCGCCAACAAGAGAUCGAUGAUCUCGAGUUCGCAAUCCAGCUAAGUCUCGCAGAAGCAGAGAGUCAAUCGGGCCAGCACCACCCGACGGAGGAAUUCCCGGCUCUGUCACCGUGGGCGCAGCCAUCUCCUGCUGGGAAGGACAAAGGGAAGGGUCGCGCUUAG